GGGCAGCCCUCCAGUUAAUUCUAGAGAAGUUGCUCAUUGCCCUUGCCGGAGCCAACCUGCUAGUCCCUCUCCACAACAAAUGCUUUUACUCUCUCUUCCUUGCUCCCAGUCUGAGAGUAAGCUCUCCUCAGGAUCAGAGAGAAGCUGAAGACUUGGCCAGGGAAAUGGAGAGGCUGCAUCUCAGGAGAGAUGGGGUCACGGAGACAAUGAAGCCAGGACACAGAAAUCAGUUUAUGCCAAAUUAACUUCCCAAAGGAUCGCAGCCUUCUUUCCUUCCCUGUUCCCUAAGACUGCACCAAGAUCAUAAAAGGUGCCUGAAUGUUGAUAUGGAAAUAAUAUGCAUGAUUGUUUGCAUAUAAUUUUCAUAUUCAUUUACUAGCUAAAUACAAAGGAGUCAUUUUCCUUGUUCUACUCCCUUCACUCAUCCCCGCCCCCCCCAGAUGUGCAAGUCUGGGCAAAAUGAGCUGAUUGUUUUUUAAUUAGGUACGUUCAGGCUCAGCCUUGGAGAGUUUUGAUCUUGCUAAUAGGGCAAAUAUUAGCCUCUUUCUUUUCCAUUCUGAUAUAUCACAUUUUCAUUUGCUAUUUCCCCUAAAUGACAUUUAGUGUGUUCUUUUUAUAGUUACUCUUUAUCAUCAGAGGGGGAGGCAUUUCCUACCAGGAAGGCUCUUCCAACCCUGCCUUCCAUCCCUGCAGUCACCUGAGGUGGUUGCUAAAAAUCUCAUCUCAUCUCCCAACACCAGGGGGUGUCUGUUUAUCCCUCUAUCUGUCCUGCUCAGAAGGUAAGCGCUUGGAGCCAGACCUUAGUCCUUAGUCCCUUUUCCUGUUUUUGUUGUUGAAUUUUUUACGGUGUGUGCAGGGGACAUACUGAAUAGUACCUGCCCUCGGCACAGUAAGGGGGGUUUGGGGCCCAGACAGUGGUUGUCUUUUAUGGCGAUCUGUCUGCCUAUCUCUUAUUCCCUCUGGAUUUCUACAAGUCUUUUUCUUAGUCUAUGCACAGCCACGCUCUCGCUUUCCCUUUCUUUCCCUACCUGCCUCGCACCACCUCUCUGAGCUUCCUCGCUUUUCAGGACUAUCUUCCUGUCGGCACCUCUGAAGCUCUUUAUGCACCGGUCUACCAUUCUUCUCCCUGUCUUCCUCUCUCCUUGUCUCACCACUUCUGUGUCAGCCGCCUUCAUCUCUCUCACAGUCCUCAUCCUAGGAACAAAGUCACCGUGCUGGCCCAGAACAUUUCUGCCCCGUCCAUCCGGGACCGCGACAUUCCAUAGUGUCCCUCCGCGCAUUCCAAUUACAAAGAGUCCCUUUCCCCGACAUACAUGUACUGCACUCGACCCUGUUCCAAUUCUGGAGUGAUGUAAUAGCACCUACCCAAACUCCCCAUCGCCUCUUCUCGCCUGUGGUCGGGGGAGCUCCCCCUCUAAGAGAGCAUCAGUGCCCCCUCCCUCCGCUCCGCACCAGGAAUCCUUGCGCAGACACCCCACCACCACCCGCCCGUUCUCGCACGGGCUGCGCUCCGCCCUUCCCGGAAAGUAGAUCCGGCCAGGCAGACAAAAGUUUGGGAGAGAAGUUCAGUCCGUGCCGAGUGCGAGAGCGCAGGGGGCGGGGGCAGAGGCCGGGCGAGUCCACGCGCGAACGGACAGACUGUCGAACUCGGACGCGAGAGCCGCGGCCCUCGGCCUUUCCAGUCCCGCUAAACCCCGAUGCGCGGGAGGACGCAGCUCCUCGCCCUCGGGGAUGCUGCGGGAUUUCCUGGCGCCGGGCAUCCUGGCCGCCCGCUAAGCCCUAGUGCCUGCCCUGUGUCCCUGGGGAACCGGAGUCCGGCCGCAGGGAAAAGAGAAGCGGCCACGGAAACGCUGCAGGGUGCCUGGCGGGGAGGGGGCUGCAGGCCCCAGAAUCCAGGGCAUGGAGCGGUUAGGGGAGAAAGCCAGUCGCCUGCUGGAGAAGUUAAGACUCUCGGACUCCGGCAGUGCCAAGUUCGGCCGCAGAAAGAGUGAAUCGAGCCGGUCUGGGUCCGAUGGGACUCCUGGGCCAAGCAAGGGACGACAGAGCGGGUUAGGGGGACCUAGGAAAUCUGGGCCCCGAGGAGCUACCGGGGGACCUGGGGAUGAGCCGCUGGAGUCGACUCGCGAGCAGGGCACCCUGGACGCUGAGCGGAACCCGCGCGGCUCCUUUGAGGCGCAGCGCUACGAGGGUGCCUUUCCCGGGGGGCCGCCCCCGACCCGGGCCUUGCCUCUACCUCAGUCACUGCCCCCCGACUUUCGGCUGGAAACCACGGCCCCGGCCCUGAGUCCUCGUUCCAGUUUCGCCAGUAGCUCAGCCAGCGAUGCGAGCAAGCCGUCCAGUCCCCGGGGCAGCCUGCUGCUGGACGGGGCGGGAGGUGGCGGAGCCGGGGGCAGCCGGCCCUGCAGUAAUCGCACCAGCGGCAUCAGCAUGGGCUACGACCAGCGACACGGGAGCCCUCUGCCCGUCGGGCCGUGCCUGUUCGGCCAGUCCUUGCCUGGGGCUCCUGCAGGCUAUGCCUCCGGAGGGGUCCCCUCCGCCUACCCGGAGCUCCACGCUGCCCUGGACAGGCUGUGCGCUCACCGGCCUGCGGGGUUCGGCUGCCAGGAAAGCCGCCACUCAUACCCCCCAGCACUGGGCAGCCCCGGCGCUCUCGCCGGGGCCGGAGUGGGAGCACCGGGGCCCUUGGAGAGACACGGGGCGCAACCUGGACGACACUCGGUGACCGGCUAUGGAGACUGCGCCGCGAGUGCCCGCUACCAGGAUGAGCUCACGGCAUUGCUACGCCUGGCGGUGGGCACAGGUGGCCGAGAAGCUGGCACCCGCAGGGAGCCGUCGGGGAUGGAGCCGUCGGGUGUGGAGGAGCCGCCGGGUCCCUUUGCUCCGGAGGCCGCCCGGGCCCGGGUGCGGGAGCAGGAGACCAGGGAAGACUACUUCGGGCGAACUUUGCGCUGCAAGGCCUUCUACAGCGUCAACGGCUCGGUGUACUGUGAAGAGGAUUACCUGUUUUCAGGGUUUCAGGAGGCAGCUGAGAAAUGCUGCGUGUGUGGUCACUUGAUUUUGGAAAAGAUCCUGCAGGCAAUGGGGAAGUCCUAUCACCCGGGCUGCUUCCGGUGCAUCGUUUGCAACAAGUGCCUGGAUGGCAUCCCCUUCACGGUGGACUUCUCCAACCAGGUGUACUGUGUCACCGACUACCACAAAAACUAUGCCCCCAAGUGUGCAGCCUGUGGCCAGCCCAUCCUCCCCUCAGAGGGCUGCGAGGACAUUGUGAGGGUGAUCUCCAUGGACCGGGAUUACCACUUUGAGUGCUACCACUGUGAGGACUGCCGGAUGCAGCUGAGUGACGAGGAGGGCUGCCGCUGCUUCCCCCUGGAUGGGCACUUGCUCUGUCACGGCUGUCACAUGCAGCGCCUCAGCGCCCGACAGCCCCCCACCAACUACAUCUGACCUGCUGCCACCGUCACUGCUGCCCUCCUCACCACUGACGUCACUGCUGCCCUCCUCACCACUGGACGGGCGAGGGCCCCUGGCCGGGGGACCCCUCAGGCGAGCCUCGGCCAGGAAUGCACUCGGCACCACGGGCCUGGGAGGAGAGUCCUCGGGGAGGGCCCUCGGGCCAGAGACCCAAAGAUUGCAACAUUCCGCGGGGGUGGUGCCGAUGAUCCCAUCCCCUUGCCAGUGGGGCUGGUUGGCCUUGCCCGGAGGGAGCCAGGAGUGCGGCCUGGGUGCCGCGGCCACACGGUCAGUCACACACAGGGAGGAAGGGUCGGGUGCGUUCUGAAGAUGGGAGUCUCAUCUGUGUCUCGCUGUGCCUGGAUACGAGUCGAGCGAUGUUCUGGGUGGCACAGAGUGAAGGGGCAUCGCGGGAGCUCCCCUGUCUUUGGCACCCCCCUGUAGGGCAAGGGACCAGCCAGGGCCCUGCCACAGAGCCUGAGCUCUGCAUCUGGACGCGAGCAGAGCUGCAGCCUGGAUCCACCAGUGCGUGCGCUCGGCCUGUGCCCUCCAAGGGGCAGUGCUGGGCAGCCCCUCUGCGGGCACGCAGGCAGCUGGGCUGGGCCUGCUUCUCAGGGAACUCACGUGGGUCUGGGGGAGGCGGGGGUGGUGCCUAGCCUUGGUUCCUCUCCUCCUCAGCUGGCGAAGUAAUAGUGGGGCAUCCAGGGAGCUGCAGGCUUGGCACGCUCCUGAGCUUCUGGCCCAAAUGCACACCUGGUGCCAUCCCUCCUGUGGCUACCCAGCUGAGCUCAUCCCUCUAGGCCUACCAGCUCUCAGAAGAACCCCAGGAUUAUAUCUACUGCAGUGCCACACUUCUGGGGUCCCGGGGGUGGGGUGGGGAGCAAACCAUCCUGAUUGAGUUCUGAGUCAAUUUAGCUAAAAACAGUUCUCUAGAGCUAGAUUGCUUCAAGCCAAUCAAUCACUGAGAAUAUGUUUGCUGAAUGUUCAGUUCACAUAAGGACCCUAAAUUACUUGCCUAAAGCUCAGCCCCCCUUUGGGUGCUUUUAUAUCCACUUAGGCGGCCUCCUCUUGUUUGUCUUCCCCCCACAGAUUUGUAUCUAUUCUCCAAGAGUACUUCUGAGUUACUAUAAAUUGUAUCAGGUUUGCAGCACCUUGUAAAUGAUGAAAUGGUUUCCUAUCUCCUCCCACCACCCCCCACCCCUGUGUCUAUUUUCAAACACUUAAAAAAAAAGUUUUGAUGUUUCUAGCAAUAAAUAUAUUUCGUUACAGAUA